AAAAACUCAAAAUGUACGGUAAAUACGGUCCAAACACCCCAACAAAGUAGAUAUAUUCAGAGGAUAACGACUAAUUAUGUUUCCUGCCUGUGUUCAUUGAAUGACUAAACCGAAGUUGACGACAUUCACGUCAAACUUGUACUUCCUAAUGACGUCGUCUCGUGCUGCUGUCACAAUGUUGUCCAAUAUGGUCCAAUCUACAGGAUUUAUUUCAACAACAAUUUCAACAACAAAUAUAGACAUAGACAUUUUUAUACUGAACCUAAAUCUGAACUAAUAUAUCGACUUUGUGGUUGUUGACACGAAAAUAUAAAUACGUAAACCAAAAUACAUAGUCGACGCAUUUCCGAUUGAACUCGAAGGCGGCGCAAUAUUUUACGUAUUUUACGUAACAAUAAAUAUGUCACACGGUACGUCAUUGAUAUAUACGACAUCCCACCGUGGGCAAUUUACGCAUACGUCGCUAAAUGUACCGUCAUUCCUUACAUGUGUGUAAAGCAAAAAAAAAUGUAUUGGACAUUUUAUAACCAUUCUGAUUUAUGUUGAAUUCAUCACAAACGGGAUUUCCUUGUGUUAAUGGAAAAUGGCACAAAACAACGCGGUACUUGUGAAACAGGCUAUCGAGCUGCUGGAUAAGUUUAAUGCUGGGGAACAGAGUUUGGAUGACUUUAUUGAAGAGGCAGCCAAGGAUCUGCAGAAUAUGGAACCUCAGCAUAUGAAGUUCAUUCUUGAUCUUGUCUCCGGAUGCACUGAGUACAAGAAACUACUGCAUGUAGUUGUCGAUCCCUUCUACGGCCAGGGUGGAAAACUCAUAUCAAAAUGUUACCACAGUCAUUUUGUUGUGAUCUGUUACCUCACUAUAUUCUACUUUGAUGAACUUGGGCUUCAGGAUUUCAGCAACAUUGUCAAAUCUCUGGAUAUUAAGAAAAUGCACAACUUUCUGAGUUUCUUCUUCACAAACCUCACCACUUGGAUACAGGAUGAGUGGAAUAGCAUCUAUGAUACUGCGUAUGUGAAAGAGCACUGGAUUGAUCCUCUGCUGGGGAAGUGUUCUCAGAUCGAGACACUUUUGGAGAAGCUUGCCGCGAAAGAAGCCGGAGGGAUGCGGCAACAAAAAGCUCCUUGCACGACGACUAAGCUUGAGGGGUUCUCAUUUGUUGUUAAACCCAAAGUACCAUCUCCACCUAAGCCGAAGUGCAGCCCUGUUGAGGAAAAAUACAAACCGGUACCAAACAGCACUUACAAUACUCCAAAGGAGAUCCAGAUCUUAGAAGAGAUCAAGCAAAGGAACCGUCAAAUGAGUGAGGCGCUAAUGCACAAGGCCAAUAUGACACAGUUCAGAUUUGCAUAUCUGAAGAAGUCUGACCUCACACAGAGAGUGCUGAAACAGAUAAGUGAAGAUUUGGACUCAAGACUUCAGUUUGAUUCAAUUCAUGCCCUUGAUCCUCCUUUCUUUAAGAGCAUCCCUCCUAUCAAACUCAACACUGCAGCUAUGCUAAGGCGGCGAGCUCUAUAUGAUCGCCAUGUGGAAGAAGAGCUGCAGAGAAUAGAGAAUUUGGCGGAGGGGGCGCAUGAGCCCUCAGCCUUGCUUCAGAAGCAGAGAGAAAUACAUGAGAAGGAACAUCACGACAGGUGGGCCAAAAUUGAGCUGAAGCACGCCGAAGUCAUUCUCAGCCACUGGCAAGCCGCUUUGGCCCGCACGCAAGCCGUAGAACGGAACAAGAAGGCUGCUCAGCUCAAAAAAGUUGAGACAGCCAAACGCUGUCAGAAAAAUGAGCAGAAAAGGUUGGAGGAAGAAAAAGAAAAGAAAGAUCUGGUGCAAAAGGUGGUGGAGGGUCAUAAGAACACCAUGAAAGUGAAAGAAAAGGUGAAGAAAUUCAAACAAAGUGUUGUCAAAGAAUUCUCACAGCACAAUCAAGAGCUUCUUCGUCAAGCACAAGAGGAAGCCCAGGCAGCCCUCAGCAGGAGGUUGGACAUCAUCAAUGAAACGCACACCAUGGAAUGUCUUCGUAACCUUCGAGGCAAAACAUUUGACGACACGGAGAUUGCAGGUCAUGAGCUCCUAGGAGAGAUGUCCUACGCUGAGCUGAAGGAGCGUCUGUUCCUCACGAAGGAAGCAGAGAUGAAUGAAAAGCAGAAGAAGCGAGAGUACAUCCAGGUGGAGAAGCAGCGGAAGAAGCAGCUGCUGUUGGAAAACAUGGGCACCAUCGAGCUCCAGACUAGGGCCAUGGCAAAGGCGGCUGCCAUCAGGAAAGACGACGAGAAACAAGCCAAGCUCCGAUUGCAGAAGACGGCAACUCAGGACAAGAAGGUCUUGGCCUUGCAGAAGAAGAUUGAAGAGAUGAAGCAAGAGUGCCAAAAAGUGAGGCAAAGUGAAAGCAUCAAGGUUAAACUACCGAAGCAGGCAGCAACACACACAACUGAGACGCACAGAACAGAUGGGAUGCAGAAGAUAAAUUGGGAGGACUUGGAGAAGCGCUUGGAAGACUACAUCGAGGGAAAAGACCCUCAAAGAUAAUACAGUAUUCAGUUUUGAUUAACAAUACUUUAUUACAGAGGUGUAAAACUGCAGUAGUUACAGUAUGUAGGUGAAUAAGGUAGUCAUGCAUGUGGUAAUGGUAAUGGUAAUGGUUUUAUUUCAUUUGAACAUGCAUCAGAUUACAAUUGAAUGCAUCACAUAAUCAGUUCACAGUUCCACAUGUCCAAAAGGAGUAGGAAGAAGCAAAGCUUAUUAAAUCCUACCCCUCCAUCUGGUACUUUUACAAUCAGUAACUGUUACAUUUGUUCACUUCCUGCUUUCCUAACAUAAUUUUAUUUUAUUGUAUUUUUUUAAUUAUUUUAUUUAUUAUUGUUUGUUUUUACAUUUUUUAAUGGUUUUAUUUAAUUUGAAAAUGCAUCAGAUUACAAUUGAAUGCAUCACAUAAUCAGUUCACAGUUCCACAUGUCCAAAAGGAGUAGGAAGAAGCAAAGCUUAUUAAAUCCUACCCCUCCAUCUGGUACUUUUACAAUCAGUAACUGUUACAUUUGUUCACUUCCUGCUUUCCAUAAUACAGUUGUUUUUUUUUAUUAUUUUUUUUUAAAUAAUGCACCUCGUACCAAAGUACAAGGUGAUAUGACCAUACAAUG